ACGAGGUCAUGGGCAGUUCAGAAUUCGAAAUAAAUAAAUAAUUGGAAAUUGUUCAUGAGCAGAAUUGAUUCUGAUAGAGAAGGCGCUCGGCCUUGGCCCUUGGGAUCACUUUCACCAUGGCGCACCAGCACCUUUCUGAAAUGUUUGCUCCUUCUAAGAAACCGUUCGAAGAAGAUUUCAUCAUGCUUUCUGAAUUUUCAGAACAGGAGGGCCCCAAACCUCUCCUGACCAUUCCCCGCGAUGCUGGUGGAACGUUUGAUAAGAAUUCUUUCGCGGUGAGGAUCAUGGCCGUGGAUUUCCAGACGGGAGCUCCCGGUGCGUUUGAAGAAACAAAAGAUACCCAGGUUGUACUCUCCGAAGGCUACGAUCCCGCUACCAAAGUCUAUGCAUUUGUGUAUCACCUGACCCUUCACGACAUUCAUGCCCGGGGAUAUGUACGGCCGUUCUGCAUGGCGUACCUGACCAUGGAUGAGAGGAAAAUAUUAUUACACUUUGAAGAUAUCUUGCAAGAAUUCACCAAGGUUUCAGAGGUCCUGAAGCACGGCAACUGGCCCAUCUUUGAACAGGAGCUGAUUCGCCGUGUCAGUGAUUUGGAACACACAAGAGAUGAACUAGUGUCUGCUCAGAAUAAACUGGAUGAGGAGGACACCAAGCAACUUGACCAAGUAGCAUAUCAGCUGGAACAGUGCACUGGUAACCUGGAGGAGAUCAGAAACAUCCUGUCAGUCGUGCAAGUGCUAGUGGGUCGCAAUUCCGAACUGGAUGCUCAAGUGUCACGUUUUGAGGAGCUGUUCGAGUCUCAUCGACUUCGCCGUCCCGCGUCUGAAACUAACAUCCUGGCCAGCACCAGUAUUCCGAAGACAGGCGUCGAUGAUGAUGACGAUGAAGGUGGAUCUUCUCGGCCAAGAAAGCGCUCCAACACAUCACCUCCACAGCCGGAGGCUGUGUCUGCGGAUGCUGUAGCUGAUCUUCAGUCUGUUUAUCAGCCGCAAACAUUAGAUGUGCUCCGAGGAAAGAGAUUUGACCAGAAACUUCGCUCCCUGAAGGGUUUGUGUGGUGUUUGUUCAAAGCUGGCACUGGGACACCUCAGACGAAUACUCAACCAUUAUGGCCGUGAUCAUGAGGGUGUUGCUGUAGAGAAUGAAGAGUUUCAUUGUCUAGAGCCCCAAUCUGCGCUAUUGACAGUUGGUCGGCGAGUAGUGCUCAACUUCCUAAACGGUAUUGAUCGAUGCUGUGCUCAGUGUGAAUGGCCACUGAGCUGUGGAGCUACAACAUGGCGUCUGCCCGUCUUCUAUCGCUCUCAGUCAGCGUUAACAGUGUCUAGCUGGGGUGAGAUGUCAUUCAAGUCCUGUGUCGAGGAGCUGUCAGGUCUGGAGGAUGCAACGUGCACGCCACCUCUAUUUCAAAAAGAGAGUCUUCAGUUCUUCGACGCUACAGAUGGCAGUGGCAUGGUCUUCCCGGCAGGCCACAGUGGUAGCGGUGCUGAGUCAGCACGCAUUGGUAGCCAUGACGACAUGCACAGCCUGCCGCAGAGUGACCAAUCCAACGAAGAUGUGCGGCUGGACACACGGCAAGCUAACCUGGAUCAUGUUCCUUCGCCGAGUAACAAGGUGAUUGGGUGGCUAAGCAAGGCUGGCAGCGCCGAUGAAAGUCUUGUUUCUGCACACGAUGUAGCCAAUCAACCACCUGAUACUCCGUCCAGUCAGGGAAUGGCGUCACCGGCAGAUGCGGCACUGACUUCAGACUCUUCAUCACAACUCGACCCCGACAUACUUGAUGAAAGCAACCCUGAAUUUCGGUCGCUGGAUGCCAGUGCUGCCGCUGCCCUGACUGCUCAGCAAGACAUUCCCCGCCAGCCGCAGGCUCCUGCAAUCUUCCACUCGCCGUCGUCCCCGUCCCCAGCCAAACGGACACCAUCGUUCUGGGACGAGCCCGAGGAGGAGUCCGUUGAUCAUCCGGUUGGCCUGAUACCUCGUCAAGAACCUGGCGGAGACUCUGACGACGAGAGCAUAACACCAGCUAAUCCAACAGCUUCUACGCUUGUUACGACUACUGCCACGACUUCACCCGCUGCUGCCGCUGCUGCUAGUGCUGUGGACGGUGGCAAUAACGUGUACACCGGGUUUGACAUAUCGCAGGCGAUGUCGAGAUCACCGGAUACAGUCAGACGCGAUAAUCUCGUACUGGCCCUGGAAAAGGACCUGCCCAGUGGUGUUAAUCUGCACCGUGAGCAGCCCAAGGCCACCAGCAGCCCUGUCGUUCCACGGCGACCGUUCUCUAAUGAGAAGCAGCAGAUGAAGCGACAACAUGAGAAGCAAAUCACGGCACUGCCGAAGAAGCAGAAACCGACACUUCUACCACUCGCACACACUUGCAUCAGAUCAUACAGUGAUGACCUGUGCCACUUACAGGAGUCAACACCCGGGUAUGGCUUGCUGAAGUUUCGUGACCGCUACGUCUUUGCCGUGCACCUGGUCUAUGCGUUACUCCGCGGCCGUCCCGUUGUUGUCCUUGGCAAGACUGAAAGGGAUGUUGUGUCAAUGGUCAGAACUCUCAGUGUGUUUGUACCGGGACACUCCAGUCAGCAUCAAAUCAUUGAGUGGUUUGCCGAGCCACUGAACAUUUCGCACUUGUCCAGAAUCAAGUUGAUUGGGAUUCGCAAGGGAAGACUCUCCAUGGUGCCUCAGUCUGUGAAGCCAUACGUGUCUAUUCUGGACUAUGAUACGAGUACGCUCACGACUCCGCCAUACAAGGGUAAUUUUGUCAGCAAUAUUGUCCACAGGCAGAAGAAGUGGAUGGAUGACCGGUCCUAUCUUGCGCACAUCCAUAGUGUGUUUCUGCAAAUGGGCUGUAAGGCCUUUCUCUACUUCCACAACUUCUGUCUCAACAUUCCACUUCAUCGUCGUGAACGGAAUAGCCGCACUGGAGUUGCUCCCUUGCCAGACUCCUCCGAGCGCUUUGCGCAGUCGAGAACGACCAAGAGCGGCUUUCUGACUCACUUGGGUAUUUCCGAGUGUGACCGGCACAUCAUUGAAUACUUUGUCGACGUUGUCAAAAUGCAGCAGAUGGACCAGUUCCGGCACUCAAACAAUAUGGAUGGUGACGACUACCCGCCCACCAUUCGCCUGGACCACAGCAAGUGCAGCGUAUACCAAGGACGCCGGCCAGUCGGCAGGUUCUCCUAAGGUGGUGGUAGGUUGCUGCUGCUGCUCCUGCUGUCGUCCCUAGCCUAGCGUAGCCGCUCACAUCACUGGGCUCAACUAGCUGGUCAUGUGACGAGCACGUUUGGCUGCAUGGAUAGGGGCAUUCCCUUCCCAGUCUUGACGUGUACUGAUGGACUUGCCGCAUUCGUAGCACACGACUUGCAUUAUCACGAAAAUUCCCCUUGACCAGUUUCUGCAGCGCAUGCACUGAACUGCACUGCAUCAUGAUUUAUGACACGCACCAUUCUCAAAUGCACACGUUAUUGGAUUCUACUCUUUUUUAUCUUGUCAUCCAAAUUCACUUGACUAGUUCUCCAAAAUUCAUUGUGCCAUGCUAUUAACGGAGAUUUCCUGUGAGAAUUUUGAACAUUUAGAAUAUGCAGGCAGAGCAUGCAUCUUGCCUAUCCCAUACUGAGAAGAUUCUACUGACCAGGGAACGUUACACCCUACGAAAUACACAGUACAUGCAUGCAGAUGUCCAUGCAUACAUGCUUGCACUGAAGUCAUGACAUUUCCUACAGCGACCACUUCGUUUCCUUAUGAGGACUUAUUUGAUUAUUUUUAUUCUCUGUUCUGGCUUUUUCUCAGCGUUGUGAGUGGCAUUGUUUGCCAGUUUGUCCAUACGUUGUGUUCGGCUCAUCUGUUAUGUAAUCUACAUGUAUCUCUUCAUCUGCUCCUUGUAUAAGUAAUCUCUAUUUUAUUGUUCAUCCAACAGGCUAUUUCCUAUUUACUCGUCUUUUACUUCCCUUCUGCCGUGCAUCCCUCUUGCACUCUCAGCUGGCAAACUUCUGUAAGUUAUGCGUGAAUGGCUGGUUCCAUUUCAUUGCUUUGUCAUUACUAUGUUUCGUAUUAUAGAGUGAUUUUCAAUUUGCAACUAU